AUGGAUAAUAACAACCUCACCACAGUAACUGAAUUCAUUCUCAUGGGCUUUACUGACCAUCCAGAGUGGGAGAUUCCUCUUUUUAUGGUGUUUCUCUGUUUCUAUCUGGUCACCAUCCUGGGGAACUUGGGCAUGGUCAUUCUUAUCCCGAUGGGUGUCCAGCUUCAGACCCCAAUGUAUUUCUUCCUGAGUCAUCUCUCUGUAAUGGAUGCCUGCUACACCAGUGUCAUCACUCCUCAGAUCCUGGCCAUGCUGACCACAGGGAAAGCAAUUAUCUCCUAUGAUCAUUGUGUUGCCCAGUUCUUCUUUUUCACCUUUUGUGCAAGUACAGAAUAUUUCCUGUUGUCAGUGAUGUCCUAUGAUCGCUAUGUUGCUAUUAGCAAUCCUCUGCUCUACACUGUGACCAUGAGUCCUAAAAAAUGCUGGAAUUUGGUACUGGGAGCCUGUAUAUGUGGGUUAUCUGGGUCCAUUCAAAGAACCACAUGUACCUUCUCCCUCUCCUUUUGUGAAGACAAUAAGAUCAACAUUUUCUUUUGUGACCUUCCACCCCUGCUGAAGCUGGCCUGCAGUGGCACAACAAAUGCUGAAAUUAUAAUUGUUUUGUGUGGGAAUUUCAUCAUCUUGGUGAAUGCUUUAGUCAUACUCAUUUCCUACCUGCUCAUCAUCAAGACAGUCAUGAGGUUGAAGUCUUCAGGUGGCAGAGAUAAAACAUUCUCCACAUGUGCCUCCCACCUCACCGCUGUGGCUCUUUUUUUUGGGACCCUCACCUUCAUGUAUAUAAGAAGUGGUUCAGGGGAUUCUCUAGAGGAAGAUAGAGUGGUGUCUGUCUUCUAUACUGUGAUCAUCCCCAUGACCCUCUGAUCUACAGCUUGAAAAAUAACGAUGUUAAAGAAGCCUUCAGAAAGCUCACUAGCAGGCACCAGGUGUCCCAGAGU